CAGACCUGGCAACCCUGCUCUCAUGGUUUCCUGGUAUGGCGUGUGUUGGUGUUUCAUGAGUUUGAACUGAAGAGUAAACGUGUGAAGGAGAUGUUUUUGGAAAGUCAGAGUCUUCUAGCUCAGCAUGAAGCUGUAUAAUCUGUAUAUGAAGCUAGGUGUUUAGGUUAGCUAAGCUGGGAUUAGUGUGAGAAAGUCAGAAUGAGUUCCUUCCCUGGACGGAUGAAGGAAUAUCCAAACAUCUCCAUUGACAGAUUUGACAGAGAAAAUAUACAUGCCAGAGCUUAUUUUCUCUCUCACUGUCAUAAAGAUCAUAUGAAAGGAUUGAAAGGACCUUUACUGAAGAGAAAAUUAAAGUUUAGCUUGACUGUAAAGUUGUACUGCUCGUUUGUCACGAAGGAGCUCCUACUCAACAAUCCAAAAUAUAGCUUCUGGGAAGACCGCAUUGUUGCUCUUGAGUUAGACAGUCCCACACAUAUAUCACUGACUGAUGAACUUACAGGAGAGGUGGAAGAUGUUGUUGUGACGUUGUUGCCGGCUGGGCAUUGCCCUGGAUCAGUCAUGUUUCUCUUUGAGGGGGCUCAGGGCACCGUGCUGUACACUGGUGAUUUCCGACUGGCUGCUGGAGACGCAGCGAGGAUGGAGCACCUGCACUCUGGAAACAGAGUAAAAGACAUUCAGAGUGUGUAUUUGGACAGCACGUUCUACGACCCCAGGUUCUAUCAGAUCCCUAGCAGGGAGGCUUGUCUGACUGGUAUCAGGAAGCUGGUUCAAGACUGGAUUUGUCUGAGUCCAUACCACAUAGUAUGGUUGAACUGCAAAGCAGCAUAUGGUUAUGAAUACCUCUUCACCAACCUGGGGCAGGAAUUUAAUUCACAGGUCCAUGUGAACAGAUUGAAUAUGUUCAGACAAAUGCCAGAAAUCCUGGAUCACGUGACCACAAAUAGAGCAACACAGAUCCACGCCUGCAGGCACCCUAAGGAUGAUGAGUUGUUCAGGACAAACAGACUGCCGUGUGGCUCUUUAGCUCCGGAUGGUACACCAUUGCGCAUCAUCAGCAUCAAACCUUCCACUAUGUGGUUUGGAGAACGAACUAGGAAGACCAACGUCAUCGUCAAGAUGGGUGGAAGCUCCUACAGGGCUUGUUUCUCUUUUCAUUCCUCAUACUCCGAGAUCAAGGAUUUCCUCUCCUACAUCAGUCCUGUUAAUAUUUACCCUAAUGUGGUUCCAAUGGGCCGAACUGUGGAGGAAGUCACUGAGCUACUGAAUCUUAUGUGUAGAAAACAUUCAGGAAGGGCCGAGGUUGUCUAUAAGCCUCUUGGGAAGCUGAAACGAGCCAGAAUAAAGUCCACGUCUCAAGGCACGGACAGUGAGGACGAGCUGUUUGCGGAAGUUGCUGUAGCACCGAUGAGAAAGAAGCUUGCUGUGAAUGAGGAGAAAGAGCACCACAGCCCGGAAAAAUCAGAUCCCGAGGUCAUAGAGACACAAAUUCUACCACAGCUGCAGCCUUCAUUUCAGACAUCCAACUACAUGGACUGCACAGAGUCCAACGAUGAUGAUGAUGAUGGUGAUGAAGAUGACGUGGAGGAGGAGGAACGUCCUGCAUGUCAGUCAUCUGGGGAUGCUACACCCACUCCAUCCUGCUUAGGUAUGUCCCCACCCCCUCCGAAGCCGGCCCCGCCUAGCUGGAGUACAUUCUUCACAGCAGAGCCAGUUGUGACUGAUGACAGCUGUGAGCUGGAGAACAGUCAGAACAGCCAGACUCUGUCUACUGAUCACACAACGUCGCAGUCCCCUGAGCUCUUCAAUGAUGACGAUGAAUCUGAGUCAGGUCAUGUGACUUCCUCUCAGUCGACGUAUGUAUCAGAGGCAGCUUUAGAGAGCCUCAGCCAACUCGACACAGUGCCUGUACAAUGUAACCCCAUGCACACAGGGAACGGUUUUAAUUGGCCGGAUGACGCACAACCAGCUUUGACUGACAGUCACCAGGACCAAUGCGAUGUCACAGACCAAACAGAACCAGUUUCAGAUUCGCAGGUGUCAUCUGAUUUUGAUCUGCCAAUGACUCCGGGCUCCAAGGCUCCUCAGCCUGAGGAGCUGAAGGAGCUGUACAGGAAGUUGGCUGCUGGAGAGGACGUGACCACCAAAAAUCAUCAGCAGGGUUCAGUUUAAUCAGAGAUUCCACGGCUGGAAUGAUCAUCUUGCCAAAUUAACAAACAAAAAUUUGGAUUCUCAUACCAAAAAAAAAAAGAAAAGAAACCAUGUAUAAUAAAACAUGCUUUAAUAGCAGUAAUUAUUGUAUUUUUUUUUCUAUCUAAAACAGAGAGUAAUUAUGAGUUCCUAGCUCAUGAGCUUACCAUUCCAAAAUAAAUUUGUGGUUAUACUGAAUAUAAUUAAUAAAUAGAAAGGUAUAAAUUA